AUGUCGCUCGUCCCCCCUCCUCGCCUUCUUGGUCCGUUCGUAUCCAUCGCUGACACAUCUGCCCUCGGCGAUGCUGUGCUGCGAUGCAUCCAUCAACUUGACACAUUAGCCGUCCGUCCUCCAUGUGCUGAGGCCCCCUUUGCCGAGUGGGAGGCCUGGUGCCACGAGUUAGCUGGGUCCUACGCAAUGCUGGGCAGUCUUCAUACGCCUGCAAUCCGAGAUGUCUGGCUUUCUGUGCUGGAUUGGGUAGGGGUGACUGCCAAUCCUGCCUGGUCCACACUUUGGGGUGACUUCGUUCCGGCUGGCUUCCUAUUCACCUCACUUGGUGCUCGCUCGCGCUUUGAGGACAUUAUCAAUGCAAUCCUUGCUGGUACUCUUACCUGUGAGAAGGCGCAGAUGCAGGUGGCUAGCCAGCUGCUGACCUUUACCACAAACCACACUAUUGUUGACCGUCGUGACCAAUCAUUCCUUGGCUUCACCCGUCCGCUCCUCGUUGGCUGGGACGUGGCCUUGUCUGUGUUAACUGCAUCGCUUUUCAUGCCUUUUCCUGUCGCUCUUCCCUCCCUAGCCGCCACUGCUCCGAGCAUUCCUGCGGGGAAGACCUGUGUUGCCGACACCCCAAUGCAAGAAGACUUUGACCUAAUCGAGGUGUCGCGGGACCAGGUUGAGAGCGAGCGCGAGUUCAACGCUACUGUUGAGGGGGCGAAGUCUGCCAAGGAGGCGCGAGGCCUUAAACGUCCCUCAGAGGAGUCCACGCCUGGACCUUCCCCUCGUGCACGUGUGGAAGGGGCUCAAGCCUUCCUCGACUACCUCGAUAACAUAGGCGGAACAUCCGUCCAGCAGUAUUACGCACAGUUUGGCAAACCGUGGGGUAUCGCUCAUUGCACGUCGUGCGAGGAUGAGAGUUCCUGCAUUGUGAUGCCUCCUGGCAAGGCUUGUCUGUGCUGCUGUAUGAGCAAGAAGGGGUGUUUGUUGAAUACGGACGCGGGCGUGGGGCUUCCUGCAGUGCUUCACCAGUUUGUUGACCUGCACACCGUGCUAACUGUGAUCCAAGGUGGCUUCAACACAUCCGCUAUUCCUCCUGCCAUUCUUGGAGAGAUUGCAGAUCGCAAACGCAUCCAGCUUGCAUGUGACAUGCAGCUGGCCUACGCCUGUUUCCUGGAGCUGGAGUCUUUGGUGAUCAAUACCAAGACCCUGGGUGGGCCCGUUGCAGCAGUGUCCUCUCCUGUCACCUCUGGUAGCACCGAACCCAUCCUUUAG